AUAAUAGGGGAACUAAGUUAGGAGUUCAGCCACAGCAAAACAAACCCAGAGAAGUACAGGAAAGGAAAAAAAUAAAAUAAAAAUCUCUUUCAGCUCGAAGUUCCACUACUAUCCCAGCCCUGUCAUUUAACAGAAGUUUUUUCCAUCAGAAAAAGAAGAAUUUCAUCAAAACCAAAAGAGAUUGUUCAGAUUUCACAACUCUAAAUGAUGUUGGGAAAAAAGUUGGUGACUGCACAGAAGCGAGGGGAGACAAGAGCCCUGUGCCUGGGACUGGGAAUGGUCGCAUGUUCCAUGAUGAUGUACUUUUUUAUUGGGAUCACCAUUGUGCCAUUCUACACUCAAAGUGUUUGGACAGCAGAAACUGUGUGCAAGGUACUCAAAGCCAACAUCAAGGACAAAGUUCUCAGCCCAAACAGCAAAGGCUCAGAGGAUGAGGAUAUCUUUCCUUACCCAUGUCUACAGGUGUGGGUUAAUGUGACAGCCUCAGGACAAGAGGUUAUGCUGUAUCAAACUGAAGAUACACUGGAAAGAAAUUCUAAGUGCUCGUACGUCCCAGGCAAGUCGGAGAACUCUAAAGAAGUUAAAGCACGAAUAGAAACAAUUGCAAGCAAUUUCAAAACACACCAGACUUUCCCGUGCUACUAUGACCCAGGAGGAACACAGACCAAUGUCAUUUUUAGCAGACUUUAUCCCCCAAAAGGCCUCCUCUUUGCUUUCCUUUGGCCUACACUCAUGUUUAGUGGUGGAUGUCUGAUUAUUGUUCUGGUAAAAAUUAGUCAGUAUGUUUCCAUUCUUUCUGCUUGGCAGUAAAAAAUAAAUAGUACAGAUAGUUGCAAGA